AUGUGCGAGGCCUUGAACUACCACGAACCUCGUAUGAGGUACGAGUUCUUCCUGGAUGGCCUACGUAACAAGCAAAUGAAGACGGUAUUGAACGCGAGUAUGGUCACGUCGAUUCCUGAAGCGUGUGCGCUACUGCUGUACAAGAACCUGCAUCUCCCUGUCGAGGAAGAAGACGAGUUCGCGGGCGAAGUCACGGGUCAACCAAGGGCGAAUGGAGCGGCUUCGACUGAGUCCCAAGUGCUCCAGGAGCUACGUCAGAUGAAUCAGCUGAUGAGGACGCAACAGCUAGGGCCAGGAACGCCGAGAGGGCUAGUAAGCGCUGUGGCUCCUCCGACUUCUCCGCGCGACGGCGUUCCAGUGGUGAGUAGGAACGCCACAGGUUCGGCGCUCGGGCCUCUACGCAUUCGUCUUGGACCGGACACGCGCACUACCGAGGGUGAGGUGGUCUGCGGUCGCUGCGGUCGGAUCAGAUGCAGCCGCGAGACCUGCCCAAGAGGACAAGGCCGUUGUAACAGGUGCAACGAACUGGGUCAUUACUCUAUGGAGUGCAACAGGCCGAAGACUCAAGGCGGCUAUCAGAACGGGGAACGCCGAAGGAUGGAGUGUUUCCUCUGCGGCGGAGGGGACCACAUGGUAGCUAAGUGUCCUAGCCUCGAGAGACUACGUGGGGCGGUGCGGAACGCGACAGUGGGAACGCCCACCGGCGUGUCUCAACAGUGA